AUGAAGCGUAAAGGCCGCACGGUCACCAAACGUCGCUCGAAGCCAUCGCUGACCAUCUCGACGGGCCAGAACGGCUACGCGAGCGAGAGCAUGGAUUCCUCCAUCGAGAUGCGCAAGAGGGAAACCUCCAUUGAGUCUUCUGCGGGCCGGGCCAACCGUCUCAUGGCGCGUCCCAGCUUCAGCCUCGACCACGAUCCCCCCAUGACCCCGCAAACCCCCGCCAUGACGACCACCUCGUUUGCCAACCUUCCCGCGAGCGACCGGCGAAACUUCAUGCUGCUGUGUGUGCUCUACUUCCUCCAGGGGAUCCCCAUGGGCCUGGCUACGGGGUCGGUGCCCUUCCUGCUGAAGCCCUACCUCUCGUACGGCCAGAUCGGCAUCUUCUCGCUCGCCUCCUACCCCUACUCGCUCAAACUGCUGUGGAGUCCGAUCGUGGAUGCCAUCUGGAGCCGCCGGUUUGGGCGGCGGAAGAGCUGGAUCACACCGGUGCAGGUCAUCGCGGGGCUGGCCAUGAUCUACCUGGGCGGGCGCAUCGACGAGAUGAUGGAGGCGGCGGGCGCCAACGGCGGCGCGGGCGUGUGGAAGUUCACCUACUGGUGGUUCCUGCUGGUGUUCUUCUGCGCCACGCAGGACAUCGCCGUGGACGGCUGGGCCAUCACGCUCAUGUCGCCGCCCAACAUCUCCUACGCGUCGACGGCGCAGACGGUCGGCCUGACCGCGGGCCACUUUCUGUCGUACACGGUGUUCCUGGCCUUCAACUCCGAGGACUUUGCCAACCGGUGGUUCCGCAGCGCCCCGGCCUCCGGGGGUUUGCUGUCGCUGGGCUCGUACCUGGUCUUCUGGGGGUGGGCCUACAUCGUGGUGACCACGCUGCUGGCCCUGAUGAAGAAGGAGGACCGGACGCACGAGCGCGACAGCAUCAGCGAUGUCUAUCGGAGCAUGUGGAGCGUGCUGAAGCUCAAGAACAUCCACACGAUCAUCUUGGUGCAUCUGAUCGCCAAGAUCGGCUUCCAGGCCAACGACGGCGUGACCAGCUUGAAGCUGCUGGACAAGGGCUUCGGCCAGGACAACAUGGCGCUGGUCGUGCUGAUCGACUUUCCUUUCGAGAUCGGGCUGGGCUACUAUGCGGGCAAGUGGUCGACCGAGUACACGCCGAUGCGCCUGUGGUGCUGGGCGUUUAUGGGCCGGCUGGCGGCGGCCGUGCUGGCGCAGGUGACGGUGAUGAUCUUCCCGGCGGGCGACGCCGUGCCGUUCUGGUACCUGUUGACGGUGAUCGGCGAGCACAUCUUCUCGACAUUCAUGAACACGGUCAUGUUUGUGGCGGUGUCGGCCUUCCAUGCGCGCAUCGCCGACCCGAGCAUCGGGGGCACCUACAUGACUAUGUUGGCCACGGUGUCGAAUCUGGGCGGUACAUUCCCGCGGUACUUUAUCCUCAAGCUGGUGGACAUGUUCACGGAGGCGACCUGUGUGCCGCCAACGGUGCCGCCGAGCGCCGAGGCUCUCAAGGGCGAGCUGGUCACACAGGCCUUUUCUUGUGCGCUGGAGCCCGACCGCAACCGGUGUGUGCACGGGGGUGGCACCUGCAACGUGAUCCACGACGGCUACUAUACGACGAAUAUUCUGUGCGUGGUGAUCGGGGUGGUGACGUUUGUGUUCUUCAUCAAGCCGGCGGUGCUGAAGUUGCAGGGGCUGCCUCUGCGGGCAUGGCGAUUAGGGCCGGGGCGGCAGUAG